AUGAGCGAUAUUCGAGCCGCUGAAAGCGAUGAUGUCCGCUCGCUAGUUUCGAAGCUUCAAGCAAUCGACAGUUCGAAGGUUUUGGAAGAUGAGGCAGUCAAGAACGAAACUCUCACAUUAGCUAGAAAGCUUGUGGCCGCCCUUGAAGGUCCCGUAAAUCGAGCAACGGAUCUCGUCUUUAGACCUUACAUCUCGAUUGCAGCUCGAAUAGCCGUGGACCUUGACUUGUUUAAGUUCAUUGCAGCAAGUAACAGUGUCAUUACCUCGGAACAGCUGGCACUUGCUUCUGGAGGAGAUAAAGUGCUCAUUUCCAGGGUUCUGCGACUACUAGCUGCUGUGGACUUCGUAGAGCAGCCAAGUCAAGAGACGUGGAGGGCCAAUGAGACAUCUAUAGCUAUGGCUUCUGCACCAAUAGCCGCGGGCCAUAGAUUCGUCUUUGAUGUCCUCAUCAACUCCGCCAUCAAGGCACCGAAGUUCUUGCGCGAGACCGGGUACAAAGCACCAAGCGAGCCUACCGAUGGCUUCGUUCAAUACGCAAACCAGACCAAACUUAACAUUUUCGACUUCCUUCAGGCCAACCCUUCCCUGUUUCAGGACUUCAAAUUGUUCAUGGGUAACACCAUGGGCGCUAGAGAAUAUUGGCACGAAUGGUAUGAUGUUCGCGGACACCUUACCACUGGUUUCGAUUCUUCGAAGAGCUCAACCUUGCUCGUCGACAUUGGGGGAGGUAAAGGACAUGACCUGCUGGCUUUCGAUUCGACAUUCGGCUCGUCUCCUAAGCACUACGAGGGCAAGCUAGUACUCCAAGACCUACCUCAAGUCCUGGAUGGUAUCGCCGAAAAUGAACUCAGUGCGAACAUUAUGAAGAUGUCGCACAACUUCUUCAAGGAACAGCCCGUAAGCGGUGAGUAA